UCCCACUUGAAAAGGAUGGGAAGCAUCCCAAGCACACCCUUCCGUAAGCAAUGACGAAAGAACUUCUGCAAGCAUCAUUAAACCGUCAUAAACUCCAGAGCCAAAGACCUCUUCCAUCGAUUCUACUGGAAAUUAGGAACCUCUGCCCAUUUUACCUGAUCUCUGGAACAGGGCAAAAAAAAUUUCCCCUUCCUCAGUGGUAUUUGCCGUCUCUCGGAGCUUCACCAUGACCUCAACCAGUCAAGACCUCCAUAUCCUUUUCUUCCCCUUCUUGGCCCCAGGCCACAUCAUCCCCACCGUCGACUUGGCCAAGCUCUUCCCCUGCCGCGGCGUCAAAGCCACCAUCCUCACCACCCCCGGGAACGCCCCCUCUAUCCAGCCCUCAUCGACCAAGCGAAUGACGACUCCGCCCUGCGCCACCCCAUCGCCCUCUCCCUCCUCCCCUUCCCUGCCGCCGAGGCCGGCCUCCCCGCUGGCUCUGCCCAAAUUCAUCAAGGCAAUCGAGCUCCUUUGUCAGUCGUUCGCCCGAGUCCUAAGAGAGUUACUCCCCGACGCCGUCGUCACCGACAACAUCCUUCCCUGGACCCAAGACGUCGCCGCCGAGCUUGACGUGCCGCGCCUGGUGUUCCACGGCACCAGCCUCUUCUCCCUCUGCGCCUCCCACAGCAUAGACCGCUUCAAAGUCCUCGAGUCCAUCCCGCCCGGCAGCGCCCAGUCCUUUGUCCUUCCCUGCCUCCCCCACCGGAUCGUGAUGCAGAGAUCCCAAAUCUGGGACGUAAGCGAGAUUCCCGGAAUGACGCUGCUUGUCGACCGGAUCAAGAUUUUCGAGGAGCGGAGCUAUGGCGUCGUGGCCAAUAGUUACUACGAGCUAGAGCCGGAUUACGCCGAACAUUAUGGAAAGGUGGUGGGUAGAAGGGUGUGGAACGUCGGCCCGGUGUCACUCUGCAACAGAAAUGAGAUCGAGAAGUCUCGGAGGGGAGAUGAGACUUCCAUCGAUUGCAGCCAGUGUUUGAGCUGGUUGAACACCAAGAAGCCGGGCUCGGUGGUCUACAUUUGUUUUGGGAGCAUGUACAAAUUACCCAUAGCACAAAUCAGAGAGAUUGCUUUGGGUCUCGAGGCCUCGGACGCACCGUUUAUUUUGGUGGUGAGAGAUGUCCGCGGAAAUGACUCGGACUGGCUGCCAGAAGGGUUCGAGGGGGAAGUGGUGGGAAGGGGGAAGGGACUGAUAAUAAGAGGAUGGGCGCCGCAGAUACUUAUAUUGAAUCAUGAGGCUGUGGGGGGAUUUGUGACGCACUGCGGCUGGAAUUCUUGCUUGGAGGGUGUGAGCGCCGGGGUGCCGAUGAUCACUUGGCCGAUGUUCGCCGAGCAGUUUCUUAACGAGAGGUUGAUAGUGGAUGUGUUGAAGGUUGGGGUUGGGGUCGGGGUGAAGGAGUACGUAGAUAUUGGUGCGGAAAGGAGGGUGGUGGCGGGGGAGGAGAUAAGGAGGGCGGUGGGGAGUGUUAUGGACGGGGGAGAAGAGGCGGAGGAGAUGAGGAGGAGAGCGAGGGAGCUCGCGGAGAUGGGAAGGAGGGUAGUGGAGGAGGGUGGAUCGUCUUAUGCCGACGUGGGGGAGCUUAUCCAGGAGUUGAUUGGGAGGAGGAAGGCAACUGGGACAGAAUAG